AUGGCGCUGGGUUUCUUGGUUCUCUCUGGCUGCUUACUACCGUUGUUGACGUUAGCUGCAUCUAACUCAAGCUUCCCUACGUCGAUAUUCACCGUCCCAGGAGCCUUUCCUACUUCGGUAUACAGCAAAUAUUACAACAAUCCCACCGCAACAUCGGCUCAAGUUCAACCAGUCAUCUCCGAUCCUGUCACGCACGAGAUAUAUCCUUUGGAGCUGACAGAUCCUGAUGAUAUAGCCAUAAUUAACACAAAGGAUCCUCAUCCGCUCCCUCCUACCGCAUCUUCUUCGAAAUUACUCCAGUCUGCCAUUGCUCAAAUCAAGUCCAUUGCCAACAGCACCGUCUUGAAUGGUACCUGUGCCAAAUGUAUUGCCUCAAUGGAAGUUGCCAAAUUCCUGGCAUUAGCUGCUCCAGAACAAGGCCCAACGUUUGCCGUUGAACUUUGCAAUUUUUUCGGUUUCUCCACUAGUUGCAACGCGACUUACGGACCACAUGCUUUGGGCGGCGUCGUUACGCAAGUGGUCAGCAACGCCGAUGUUGGCGGCUUGGACGGUCAGAUGCUUUGCCAAAAUUUCCUUAGCUUAUGCCCACUCCCUCCAACUUCCCCUCUCAAUCUGACGGGUUGGUUCGCAAAGCCUAAGCCAGAUCCUCUUCCUGCACCCAAAACGCCUAGUGGACAGCGUUUGAAAGUACUCCACUUGUCCGAUUUCCAUCUUGAUCCAAGAUAUUCAACAGGCUCGGAAGCGUCAUGCAGCUCUGGUCUCUGCUGUCGCGCAAACAACUUCAAUAAAACCAAUCCUAAUGCUUCUGUUUUCCCGGCUCCUCGAUUUGGAACCUAUUCUUGUGACUCGCCGUACGCUCUUAUAUUGUCCGCACUAGAGGCAAUCCCUGUUCUGGCUGACACUAAGGAUUCUGGUUUCGAUUUCAUGAUAUUCACUGGAGACCUUGUUUCUCAUGAUCCUGAGAACGAACUAUCCAGAGAAUUCGUGGAGUACAGUGAGACUGUGUUGUUUGAUCUUAUUAAACGUACCCUACUCUCGGGACCAGUCUAUGCCACACUUGGGAACCAUGACAGCUAUAGUCAAGCUCAGGGUUCGCCUAAUUCUCUCGAUGCUCCGGGUGCCAACCAAUACAGCUGGAAUUACGACCACAUAUCUUCUUUAUGGGAGCAUGAAGGGUGGUUGAAAAACUCUGUCGCUCAAUCCGCAAAAGCCCACUACGCGGCGUACUCAGUUCAGAGGUCUGACGGCCUGAAAAUCAUUUCAUUGAACACUAAUCUCUGGUACCGGCCGAACUAUUUCAACUACAUCAACAUGACGAAUCCGGACGUGUCAGGAAUGUUGCGAAUGCUGACUGAUGAGCUGCAGGAGUCGGAAGACGUGGGGGAGAGAGUCUGGAUCAUGGGCCACGUACUCAGUGGAUGGGAUGGGACAAACCCCCUGCUAAACCCCACUAAUCUGUUCUAUCAAAUCGUUGACAGAUAUUCCCCUCACGUUAUCGCGAACAUCUUUUGGGGACAUACACACGAGGACCAACAUUCAAUUUUCUAUGCCAACAAUGCUACCAACAUCAGUGUCGAGACUGCUCUCGCUCAAGCUUGGAUUGGUCCUUCAAUAACACCUCUCACCAACGUGAACAGUGGCUUCAGAGUGUAUGAGGUCGAUUCAGCGACGUUUGAAAUUAUGGACGCGUUCACAUGGAAGAGCGACGUAAAUGUCUUCCCAGAGCUUGACUCCCAACUGGAAUUCGGUCCUACAUACGCGUUUGAGUAUAGCACUCGUGAGGCUUAUGGCCAAAAUAUCGCUGGUUGGACCGAUUCCGACCCAUUGAAUGCUACCUGGUGGCAUCUUGUGACUGAAGGUACACCCUACAACUUUCGCAUACGGUUCAAACUUCCUGACCCCUUCUCCGCAGCUAUGGAAGCCGACAAUUCUUUGGUUACAACCUUCAACAAUUUCCAAGGGAAAGAAUCCGUCAAAUCUCCCGCAUGUACUGGUGACUGCAUUACUGCGAAGAUUUGUUAUAUUCGUAGCGGAUCCGCUCCCAUCGGUCAACAGAAUUGUCAACAAGGGUUUGGGUCUGUACAGUAG